UAACCCCGUCCCUGCCAGUUAGCAGCUAAUUUGAAUAUACAGAAAACAGCUAUAACGGGCGAACGACGCAGCGGAUCCGGGCAAGAAACAAGCAGCAGUCUCUCUCUGGUUCCGGCCGAUGACGUGGCAUUCCUCUUGGUGGGCGGAGUCUGCUGGCCGUGUGCCGCUGAUAACACUGAGCUACCUGUUCCCUGGUGACAGAUGCUACUUGCAGCUAACCCAUGAAGCUGUGUAGUUCAUGUGGCAGAUGGACUUUGGUACAGUUUGCUCUGAAUCUGGUCUGGUCUGCCGUGACUGACACAGGUAAUUGUUACUGAUUGAAAUGGACCACGGACCCCCCCAUUGGUUGAACCAGCCUCACGCCAGACCACCUGCAGAUAUGGGCCCCUGGAGAGGAAUGUAUCCGCCACCACCUCCACAUCAUUACAGAGAUAGCGGUUAUGGAUAUUACCCACCUUAUCCAAUGCAAAGUGGUCAUCAAGCAUGGCCUAGCCAGUGGACGGACUACUAUUCUCAGCAUACAGCAAACAUUUCUAGACACAUAGACCACAGGAGGCCUGCAUCCAGAGCUGAAAUGUAUGACAGAAGUGAAGCAUAUCGGCCAUUGUCCAGGCAGGGAUUUGAUGAAAGAUAUGGAUUUUACAAGACCGUACAUAGAGAAAACUAUGGCAACAGAGACUAUAAUUACGAGCCUCCAGUUGGUGUUUCUAGAGAGAAAGAUAGAAGAAGAAUUUAUGACCAACAGAUUGAGCACUGGGUGCAGACUUCCUCCAAUACUUGUGCCAUUGACCCCAACUUCGAGAGUAUUCAACCACAGACGUAUGCAUACAGGUCACAUGGCUAUGAGGAUAAUACAGCCCCCCACCCUGCAGAGAAAAGAUGUGAAUCUGCAAUGGAUAGAAUAGAGUAUUUCAGUGCCACAGAACAGAGUAUACUAUCACAGUACAGAGACUCCGGCAUGUCAUCCAGUAGCUAUGAGCUGAGUCAGUACAUGCAGGAUCCAGCAAACUUGAUUGACUCCUGGAAUCCAUUGCAGGACGAUACCUUGGAGCAAACUCCACAACCGACAGCUCCCAUGAAGUUCUCCCUGCCCCAUGUCACCGUGUGUUUUGGGGCCCGAGGGCAAUUGAUAAGGGUUCGCCCCAGCUUCCCAGAUGAGGGUCAACUGGCACUUGUGGAGAUUCACAGCAUAGAGGUUCUGCUUCAUGAUACUUCAGAACAGGAGGAGAUGAGAAGAUUUCCAGGUCCUGUGCAGAGGGAGGAUUUACAUAAAGUAGACGUAAUGAACUAUUGCCAGCAGAACGUGAGCCAGUGCCUGCGCUCGCAGGGUGCAAGGAGCCGCAACAAUGCUUUGCUAUGGCAGGUGCUGUUGCAGAUGUGUCGGCAAAAUGGGUGUAUCGCCGGAACUGAUCUGGCUGAUCUGUUACUCCAAGACUGCAAGCGGGAGCGAUACCGAAAAGAGCAAGAGUACAGUGAGCUCAUCUCUCUAGAUGAACCUCCUCUUAUUCCUGAUGGUGCACAAAUGGACCUUCUCACUGGAGAGGUCCCAUCUACUGAGGAAAUGUCUACACGGGCCGUGGAAAAAUUCACUAAGUUACUCUACUUUGGUCGUAAAAAAGAGGCUCUUGACUGGGCGAUGAAAAGCCAGCUUUGGGGACACGCUUUGUUUCUCUCCAGCAAGAUGGAUUCACGGACCUACAGCUGGGUAAUGGCAAGGUUUACUAGUACUUUGGCUGUCAAUGACCCUUUACAAACCCUGUUUCAACUUAUGACUGGUCGCAUACCAAAAGCUGCAACCUGCUGUGGGGAUAACAAAUGGGGAGACUGGAGACCUCAUUUGGCAGUAAUGCUGUCCAACCACGUGUCGGAUCCAGAGCUGAACUAUCGUGCUAUGAUCACCAUGGGGGACAAUCUAGUUCUUAAGGGUCUUACAGAAGCAGGACACUGCUGCUAUCUGACAGCUGGCAUCUCCCUUGGCAAUAUCUCAGAGAAAUCAGACCGUCUAGUUUUGCUGGGCAGCAAUCAAAACCAAAGGUUUAAGAAGUUUGCCAGCACAGCGAACAUCCAGCGCACUGAAAUCCUGGAAUAUUGCCAAAGUUUGGGAAAAAUCUGUCAUUGUAUCCCCUCAUUCCAGAUCUACAAGUUUGUGUACGCCACUCGGCUAAUGGAUUAUGGUUUGACAUCUGUUGCCCUGCAUUAUUGUGAGUGCAUCGCCUCCGCCAUCCUCCACUCCAGCUCUGGAUCUCCGGUGUUGAUAUCAGAGUUAAUCAAGCUGGCAGAUCGCUUGAAAUACUCAGAUCCUCAGAUUCUAGAACGACCUGAGCCAGAACAGAACCAAGAACCGACCUGGCUUGUCCAGCUCCGGGCUCUAUUCCUACAGUUACAGGGCAGCAACACAUCAGGUAGAAUUACCCCCGCAACUUCCGAAGAACAAGGAAACAGUACGGAGCCUAACAAAGUUCACCCUGUAAAUGAAGUUCAUCAAGUAAUUCAAGAGCAUGACACCGGAGCUGAGAUACAGAAUACAGAAGCUGAGCUUGUCCGUGACAGUAGCUGGGCACCUCAGUACACAAAUCUUCCACCUGUGGAGCCACAGGGUGAAAAUAAUUAUGAAUGGGUUGUACAGCAACCAGGACCUAUCCCUGAAUUAUCCUUUGGCUACAACAUCUAUAAUGAGCCACAAGAAAAAGCAAGCUUGGAGGAGAUCUCUGAUUCCCCUUCUCCGAGCAGCAGUUUUAGUAACAAUGCUCUAAUGAUGAAGCAGGCACUCAUGUCAAGAAGGGUCAGCACAGUCUCUGAAACCUCCACUGUUUCGAUGGACGAUGACGAUAGUGAGACCAGAUCCAGCGAUGACGCUCAAGCGCACAAGGUUGAAGAGAACAAGGGAUCCUCUUUUGGAUGGUUUAAUUGGUUUCGUUCCAAGCCAAGGAAAGAAACUGUAGUCCCGCCGAGAGAGGCAUCAAAAUCUUCAUCUCAGACUAAACCUCCUGUAGGACUCGACACGUUCCAGCCGCCACCAACUCCGUCAUCUUAUUACCAGCCACCAGAAGCCACCAGCAACUCAUUUUACACAGGAAUUAAAGAAACUGAAGAUCCGCAGAAGAUCAGUAGCAGUUCAGUGUCAUCGGAGAUCCAGGGUCAGCAGAGGAGCAUGGAAACUUAUCCGAAUAUUGCUGAAAGUCAGAUUAACCAGCCGACUGGACCAAUUCCCCUUUACAACCCUUCACAGUUCUUCCAGGAUAGCGGUCAAGCUACAAACAAGCCCAGCCGUCCUGCACGGGGACGAUAUCCAAUACAACACCGAUGACCAAUGACCUCAAGAAUUACCACUCAGGGAGAGCAACGUGAACAGUUAUUAAAGGCUAUGGACACCUUUGAAAAAUGAUUUGCUUUGUAUAUAUUAUGGUGCAAAAGCACUUUAUCUGUAGGUUUUUAUUAAACAUUUUGCUUAGUUUUUCUUCUACAACCUCUCCAGCUUGAACAUAGCCGUUAUUAUUCUCCCCUGCAGGCUGCCUUGUAUCUGUUCUCGUAUCUCUUUCUCCAGCCUGUGUGAGCUGUCCUCCAAGGUUUCUCCCCCUUCUCCCACUCUCCUUGCUAGGGUGUAACCUCACCCCUUCCCUGUUGCUAUCUCUAACACAGAGAGCAGGAAGUCCAUCUGAUUGACCUUAUCUUUCCUUGACAAGCAGCUAAAGGUAGGACAGUUCUAGUAAAGACUAUUUAAAAAGUUACAAAACAAAUCAACAAUAACAUUUAAAAAAAAAAUUGUAAAGGUGUCCUCCAUAGCCUUUAAAUUGUGUUGUUUUUUGUUCGUACCACAGGGUUAAUGGUAAAAUGAUUUCUGUUUGUUCUUUUAAGAGAUUGUUAGAUUCUAUAGUUCUUAUUAUUCAAUUAUCCUGUUUAAACCCUUUACAAUAAAAUAACAAACCGUUUAUCACACAAGGCAUAAAUAAUUGUUUUAAUUGUCUGCUAUGCGCUUUUCACCGACAGAAGAUUGAGAGGUAAAUGGAUAGGGAAAGCACGAAACAGCAGUGAUACUUGCAGAUG